AUGGAUCGGAGUAUAUUCAGCAGGCAAUACCCCGCUGGUAAUGGCCGUGACCCGCGUCGUGGUGGGAGAGGUGACCAGACAGCUGGUCGCGGCCAGUGGAAUCACCAUCAGCAACACAACCAGAAUCAGCUGCAGAUACAGAGCCAGAACCAGAACCAGAACCAGAACCAGAACCAGAACCAUACUAACCUUCUAUUUGCUCACGGAACUUCAAAGGACCACGGUAUCCAUCCAAGUACCAUUGCCGACCGAAUUGACAUUGUAAGUCUCCCUGCUUUCGAGUCCAUGUACUAA